AUGCCCGCAGAGACACAGCCUCGUAAGAAGAGAACGGUAUCCGCCGAUAGCAAACCGGACUCAGAGGUCGAUCAUCGCAAAAGGCGUCGAAAUCGCACCACUCAGUCGUGUCUCAACUGUCAUACCUCAAAGCGAAUGGCGAGUAUUUUGUCCUUGGACUGCUGCUGUGACCGGAAGCGUCCAGCUUGCGCUCGUUGCACACAACUUGGCCUGACCGGGCUAUGUGUAUAUGAAGUUGAUGACCCCAAUCAACGGCCUGAUACCCAGGACGAGAGCUCGCGUUUAUUAAAACGAGUGGCUGAGCUCGAAGGCGUUAUACGUGAGCUGAAGAACAAACCGCAUCCCCGAUGGUUGCAACCAGGUUGCCAACAAACGCUCCCAGAAGCUGAAAGCUCCCCUCAGAAUCCAGUCUCUCGCGAUUCUACCGCUUCUGAUUCCAGUAUGCCUUCAUCUUCUGCGCCCAUGAAACAUUCAGAUCCACGAGCGUUACCCUCACCUACGUCACCGACAUAUCCUUCCACAAGUGGUCUGUGUAUUGACAGCAGUCCAUCCUCCCAGUCUUCUUCGUGUUUCAGUGCAUCUCCCAUUAGCACCCCUUCUCCCAUAGCAACUCCCAUUGACGAGUUUUCCUGCUCACCAGUUGCUAUCGGAUCGACAUCCGACGGUCUCGAUCUGGUGUCAAUGUUCAUGUCGUACCCGGACAUGAUCCCUACGGAUGAUGCACUGGCGAGGCCAAACCUCGAUCAGCUUCAGAAGACUAACAACGGCCACUGUGGCUGCCUAUAUGAAGCCGCAAACUAUCGUGCACUCUUAGAGUUAUCACUAAGGCUUCGGAAAGCUGCGGAUGUGCUUGCAAGAUCACCCCGACACCAUGCUGGCUCGAGCUGUUCGCUCCAGAGACGAGUCCUGGAGCUGGAUGCUCAUGCUUCCACUUCCUUAGGCGACAUCAAUUGCCCGCCCGAUGAUACAGACACAACCGUGAAUGGUUGCGAUCAGCCACGACAAUCUUUCGGUACCCAUACGAACAUCUAUGAUGCAAUGACGGUGCAAGCCACGAUCCCUCCUGGUGCAAUUGCCCCUUUAGCAUUGCAUGGCAUGCGCCCUUGGGAUAGCUUUGUUUCCGACAUGCACAUGGCUGUCGAUGAUCCAAUGAUGAAUUGGGAACCGCGUAGGUGA